AUGUCAUCUCCGUGCCUCAGCAGCAUCUUGACUCAUGCCAACCUUACCAUGUAUCAGACUGGUAUCGCAGAUGUCCUGCCCCAGCAGCCUAGUUUGCUGCCCAGCAUUAACACCCUGCAGAUCAGCAAUUCAACAUUCAGUGCAGGUCAGUGGUACAGGCAUAUCAAUCCCCACUGCUGGACAGCAAACAAUGUUCUGGAGUGGAUAAGCGAACAUGUAGAAAGCACCAAGUUCGAUGCAAACACCCUAAGUUUGGCCUACUGCACCAUGGACGGCCCAGCUCUCUGCCAGAUGAACCUGGAAGAAAUCAUCAUUGUCUUCGGCCCACAGCUCGGCCCACAACUCUACCAGAGUCUGGAAGAACACAAAACCAAAAAUGAGUUGCAAAACAUGUUAGGACCAGAGCUGAGUGAGACCUGCCAGCUCCUUGACAACUUCCUGGACAAUUUAACCUUCCCUUUGCUGAGCAGCAUUAGAUUUGGCCAAGCUGAAGGAGUUGGCAAUAAGAAAGAGUUGGCCUUCAGGGAGGAUAAUAAUUUCACUUGUCCAGCCAUGGAAUCAAAGACACCUCUGGGAGUCACAGAGUACCUGUCUGACAGCGAGUACAGCUCCUCCUCCAACAGUGGCUUGUUUGACUCCUCAAGCCCUGACUCACAGGAGUCUGGUGCUGGAGAAUCAGACCCAGAAUUCUCCUACUCUCCUAUUUCAAUUCAAAUCAAAACAGAAACUAGAGACUCUUGCCUAAAGCGCCCACGUGGACGACCUCCCAAGGUCAGCAGAGAGCAUUCCAGCAUUUACGACAAUCCCAAAAAAAACAAACACGCGCCCCGAGGAACUCACUUAUGGGAAUUCAUCAGGGAUAUUCUGAUCCACCCUGAGAGGAACCAGGGGCUGAUGAAGUGGGAGGACCGCCGUGAGGGUGUCUUUAAAUUCCUCAAAUCCGAGGCUGUGGCACAAAUGUGGGGCCAGAAGAAAAAAAACAGCAGUAUGACGUAUGAGAAACUCAGCCGUGCCAUGAGGUACUACUAUAAGAGGGAGAUUUUGGAGCGAGUUGAUGGCCGGAGGCUUGUUUACAAAUUUGGAAAGAACUCCAGUGGAUGGAAGAUUGAGGAGCUUGUUCUACCCAUAUGAUAACCAGAACGUUUAAU